AUGUCCUUUGUUUCUGAGCUCGACGCGGAGGGUCAGGACACGUCAGGAGAUGGCACGAAAAACAUUUCGAUGGAUCAGAAGAACGUCGUUAUCUCCCGAAACUCAAUUGAGGACAUUGAACGCAACCUCGCCAUUGUGAUUCCUUGCAUGAACGAAGAUGAACAUGUUCUUCGAGCGCUUCUGCGUGGCGUUCCACACCGGUGUCUCGUUAUCUUUAUAUCCAACAGCGACCAGCUGAACUUCGAGGCUGAGCGCAAACUCCUACUCAACUUCGGGAAGAUGGCCGAUCGUCACGUAAUCGUGGAACACCAAGGUUCGCCGACUUUCGCUCGCGCUUUCCAGGAAGCAGGUGUGACGGAUAUCUUACAGCCACGUAGAGAACAAGGAGAUCUUUUGCGGAUCAACAACGGAAAAGGAGAAGCCAUGAUGCUUGGUGUGAUCAUCGCGAAACAUAUGAACCGUAAGUUCGUGGGUUUUAUCGACGCCGAUAACCGCGUCCCAGGAUCUAUUCUCGAAUAUUGCAAGGUGUAUGCCGCUGGAUUACAUUACGCCUUACGACAAGCUGAUGAUGCUGGAAAAGAACAACAUACGAUGGUGCGUAUCAAGUGGAACUCGAAGACCAAGAUCGAGGAUGGCCAACUUGUAUUUAACGAGCUUGGCCGCUCCUCGCGCGUCGUCAACGAAUGGAUGAACCGCCUUCUGAAAGCCCUUGGGGGCGGCACUACACCAGACACGAUGAUCGGAACUGGUAACGCCGGCGAACAUGCCAUGAGUAUUGAUCUUGCCCUAAAACUCCGAUUUGCAACCGGCUAUGCAGUUGAACCGUUCCAAUUGAUCGAUAUAUGGGAACGACUCGCCUUUUCACAACAACCAUUAUCAGUGCGGAUCCUACAGAUCGAAACCUGCAACCCCCACAUUCAUAACGCGGGGCAUGGUGAUUGCCACAUCGAGCGCAUGCAGACUCAGGGACUCAGCACGAUAUACCAUUCGAACCUUCCGACUUCUGGACUCAAAGACGAUCUUCGCUGUUACAUGCAAAAGAAUUUGGCCGGGUUCAUAGGCGACAACGGAGAACCCAGGAAACCACGCAUAUAUGAUCCACUUGGUUCCCUGGACUGGACGAUCUUUGAGAAGGCUCUCCUUAAGAUGAAAUUUUGCUAG